CAUAAGAAAUCAAGGUAUAUUCUGAAAUUGGUCGAAUCGUUGGUGCUCGCGGAAGAAAUGUUUGUAAGCGAAGAGGGCAACGAUGUUGCUUCUGGUAUCGGAGCUAGUGAAUACGCGCAUGAUGAUCUCAGCAUGAAAGAUGGCGAUGGCGAAGACCAAAAAGUAGACGACGAAGUUGAAAUCGAGGAAGUGCCAAUUGGUGCGAAGCCUAGGGAUCUUUCAGCUUUCUUACGUUUGUGCUCUCGCCUUCAAUCGCAAAUGUCGUCACUGGAAAGCCUCAAAUACUCUGGCUUGUCCCGCAUCGAAUUAUCCAAAAUUGUAUUGCACAUCCUCAGACUUGUGACGGCGACAUACUCCGUUGAGACAACGGACGAACCRAUGGAAAAACAAAAACGGUCUGCUACUAUUUACUACGAAGAUGUUGGAUACAUCUUAUCAUCCACUGAUAAAGACUCAGAAGAGCACAGAUCUGCUUGCAUAGAGCUGGACUCGGACAGUCUGGAACGGGUGCUGCAAAGAAAAUUCGCUAUUCCUUUUCCGGGACGAAAAAUACUUCUAUCCUUGCUGGUGAACAUUCUUUCGAACAAGGGUCCCCUUCGAUCUGUUUCAAAUGCGGCUAUAUUUCCUAGACUAAACGAUGCCGAUUCUCAAGACAAAGAGCAAUCACAAGAGCAAGCGCGAUUCUUAUUGAUCAUUAGGUGGAGAACUUUAUUGCGGAUGUUGCUGCGAACCGCACCGUACUUGGACGAGUACAAGGUGGGCAACCACCCCACGGCGUCCAACUUGAGAGAGAAUAGGGUAACUCGCCAAACCGUCCAGAUGAUUCGGGAUGCAAGACAUUUUUUCGAUCAAGGAUUGCGUCCUGGCCACACCGACUCGCAAAUUUGCGACAACAAAAGUGCAUGCGAAAUAUGGGAAAUGGUAAAAAAGGACGUCAUGUUUCACUCGCAUACGAACGCUUGCUAUCGAUCACUAGUCAUGCUGUACCUCUUCCAUCCAUCCCGUUGCACCAGCGAAUAUUACGCGGGAGUGAUGCCCGUGUGGUUCGAUGCGUGGACCAACAUAGAUAGAUGUCCAGAGAUCGAUUUUUUAUGGUUGGCUCUAUUUACUCGAGCACGCAAACACUUGGGACCUUCGUUUGAUUGGGGACCAAUCCGGCGACGCCUCUUGACAAAUAGCCAAUAUUGGUUGCAAGUUCCGAUUGGAGGUGGCAGCUUAGAUAAAUCAUUUCCAAACGUAGCGAAUGCACGUUCGAGAUCAUGCCCAUCUCGACUGAAAGCCUUUGCCGGGGCAAGUUCAUCCUACGAAGAGGGCAUCGAUUUUGUGGCCAAGGUAGCCAAAUUAUUGGUGAAUGGAUUGGGGUUGGGGGAAAAGAUUGGUGGUAUAUCCGARGGGACCAAAGAUGUUUUGCGAUUUUUGAACUUUGUGACUCCCUAUUUUCAUCCUAGUAAUCUUGGUUCCUGGACAUUCACUUUGGGCGCUUUCCUUCAUUACUUCUCGUACGAAGUAAGCUGUCGUAUGGGAUUAGCUGCUAGCAUGAAUUCAAUCAAAGAAAACCGUCCGGAGUUGGCAAAGGCUCUCUCUGAGGUUGAGCCGAGUCUAACUGUUGCUGAUCUACCACCCCACGAGGUCGURGUAUUGAUCGAUUCUCUCCUUCCUCUUUGUCAGCAGUCAUUAUACAGUAAAAAUGCUCAUGUUGGCCGUGCUGGUGAGGCUGCCAUGGUCUACCUUGCACAAAUCGAUCCAUUGCGCGUCACGCCCGUCUUCAUUGACUUUGCGAUGCGUGCCUUGGGUAUAUCUGCUGUCAACCUUGCUCAUCAAGCUCCGGCUGCUUUAUCUGCACUUACGAGACUACUGCAACCGUCAUUGAGACGCGACCCAAACAUUUUAUUGGUACGACUCCCCGAAUUACUGAGACUUACUCUCGCUGGUAUCGAUAGCAACGACCAGAACAAGACUAUUCGAACAUUAAUUCUUUAUCGGUCUCUGACGUCAUGGAUACCURUAGGAGGCACUCCAGACGACUGGAAGCAUCUGACCGAAAACAAUGGAAGUGAACCGGACGACAGAUGUGAUGGAACGGUAGUUACAGGCCAAGAUUUACACGGGCAUCUAUACAAGCCUACGGAAUCCUCGUCUUACCUUGAAACAAUAGAAAAGCUACCAGAAACUUCCUUGUUGAAGCAGGGUUCUUACAGAGAGGAGUUUGAUUUUGAUUUACUUCUCCAAGAAGCUUCGUCAGCUUUGAGCGACUGGGUACUUGAAUUCUUUGACAGAAUUUAUGAUACACUACGAGCAACUGGCGAACGGGAGAAGGUAGGAAACACUGCUUCAGGGGUUGCCUCGAGGCACUCAUCCGCGGACGUCCAAGUCGCAAGAAAUUUCUCAAGAGUUCUAAAGGAAUGCCUCACACAGACAUUUGCUGCAAUGGACGAAGCGGUCCACAAACUAGCCGUCAAUUCAGUGAAGAGAUUUCUCUCAGAAGAAACAUUGCCAAAUGCAGCCAAGGACUCAUCUUUUCUUUGUCUUGCUGCGUGCUCUGCCCGGRYUAAGGACGGGCAUGUGACGAGCCCCGGUUUGAAUGCACUGGUCCCCAUACUGAUGGACGAAUUGGAACAUCAUUCAAACAAAACUGUCGUAUAUCGAUUGAGAUGUUUAGCAGGCGCUGUUAGAUCAUGUGGUGUUGCCAUAAUCAAGCACAAAAAUGACAUAAAGACGGCAAUAAAUUUUGCUCUAGAAAGCAAGGACAAACAUGUAUUCAAAACUGGUUGCAAACUGUUGCGGCAUACUUUGUCGACUCUCUGCGAAUCAUACUAUUUGACGACUGGGCUGGUGCCUCGAAUAGCGGAGCAAAAAGGCAAGAUUGUAUUUGGCAAGUCUGCACAGUUACACGAUGAUCCUGUAGAGUGGCACGUUCCUAGCGGUGAUUGCAUUCAGUUUGCUUGGGAACUACUGAAUCACAACGUUCUUGAAAGAAUWCAAAGAAUAUCACCAUCCGAUGAUACAAAAGAAAGCGUUGACAGCUUCGAGCUCCGCAGGUGUCUUCGUGUUCUUCGUUAUGCUUUACGUGGAGGUGCUGGUGCCAUGUUAGAUUUUCAGAAUGAUGACUGCGAUGACUCGUCAGAUAAGAUGGACGUCGAUUCCACGGAUAAAAAUGGUGACGUCAAUCUUUUUCCAUAUGAACAAGCGAUGAUAAAUUUACUGAAAACUGCUCCAAAGGAAACAUACGAGUCAAUGAUGACAAUGCGUUGCAGAGUGUCUUYGUUCACAGUGACCCUGAUGAAUGUCAUUGCAUCAGAAUCUUUCAAGGUUGACGAAGCUCCUCAAACAAUAGAUUCAAGAGAUGGAACCAGUUCCGUUCUAGAAAAAAAAUAUAUUGCUUCUGUAAGCUCUGACCCUAAGAUCUGUAAGGAAGUAUGCGAUAUCGCACUCCUUUUACUAACUCGAAGAGGCGCUGCUUUUCGAUCRCAAGAAAGCAAAAAUAUCUGGAAGGCUCACAAGCAAACAGUCACAGAUUUUGCUAUUCUCGCAGAGGCAGACCAUAUGGAAGAGUCGUUGCAAAGAGCUCAGAUGUAUGGAAGCAAUCGGCUUGUUUUAUUUAAAGAUGGAGAAGAUUCAGGCAAAACAUUGCCUCGGCGACUUCUUGUUGGACGCAUCCAACUAUUCCACGAUUCUCUACAACGGACUGCUAGUUUUGAAGUGCCGAGACGCAUGCGCCGUCUGUCGAUGCUGCAAAAGCGUCAGAAGAAAGUUAUUUUCUGCAAAGAUACUAAUGUGAGUGAAUUAUGCAAAUCCAUGGAAAAUAUAAAGACGGCAGAUCCACCAUUUGCCUUCGAUAUUUAUGAGGGUGUAUUUGAUGGGCUUUUUGCCCUUACCUGCCAUUCGAACAAACAAGUCCGAGCUUCUGCCAUUGGUGUAGUUGACUACGCUAUAACGAGAUUCGGCUGGCUUCUUCGAGUCAGAAUCCCACGAUUAUUAUCAGCAAUCAGGUUACAAGAUGAUGGCAUGCAUGGGAAGUUUGGAAUUCCCUCUUGUUCAUCUUUGAAGAUUGCAAUUGAUAGUCAAGGGCGACGAAAGCGCCUUGCCGAAACCAUGAAAGGCGUAUGUUCAAUGCUGGCAAUUCCCCGAGCAAGCAAGGAAAUACUAAGCACCGAGAAGUUUCGACGUGACUUUAUUUUUACGAUGUGUGGAAAUGAAGAUCUUGUAUCUUUGAUGCCUGCAGAAGAAAUGCAGAAAAUGGUACAUUAUUUGCAGUCUAUUUUCAGUCCGAUACGGCUAGGAUUUUACUGCGUACCUCGUGCAUCAAAUUCUGACAAAAAGUUUCAUGAAGAUAGCUUGACAUUUUUGCUUGAUGUACUGUCGAMCGACGAAAAGGACGUUGCUUCAAAUGAGGAAGAUGGAGAUGCAAAAGAUGCUCAUUGGAGGAAGCUCCUGUUGGCGUGUUGGUUUCUCACAGUCAUGGUUGACAGUGAUGAUCUUCUGAAAGAUAGUGCUAUUGCUACAAGACUGUGGAAGCUUUGCUUUCAGAUCCUGAAAGAUGAGUAUGGACAACCACUCCAACGCGUCGCUCUUGGUCUUUUUGGAAGACUCGUCAUGAUUAUAAGAAAAGGUCCAUCAUUCGAGCUUCUUCGUCAAGAGUUUCUYAAGGAAAACUUUUGUAUCAUUUUUGGGAAAGCACUUGUUUACGAUCACAAAGAAGACUCUAGUGUGGGGGGUGGUCAUGGGGCACAGUGGGCAACUGGUGUCGCAGAUAUAAUUCGUGACUCGGCUCGAAAUAUUGCUCCAAAAUCUCUAUUUCCUUUCCAGCGGACGAAUCAAAGCUCCGGCACAUUCAAAGUAUCCCAUGCAAAACUAGUCGAAGAAAUCCUCACUGGUCUAGGCGAAACAGAUGCCACAACCGUUUCACGGUACCUUUUGUCUUUCUCUAAAGAUAUGGCAUUAUCUCCUCCUAGCGAAGAUCAGCGGAACCAGCAGUGUACCUCUGCAGAGAUUUUUGCAGGAGUAACGCGUGCUCUUUUGCAAAUGAUGGACGGUCAGACUCUAACAGAUAUCUGGAUGUCAGACCUAAUCCCAUUCCUUGCUGAAUCAAUACCCAAGUUCCCGAUUUCACUAUCUGGUGCCUAUUUUGAUUCGAUUCGGUUCGGUAUACAAUUUUCACCUCCCGAUAAAUUUUACCCUUUGACUCAGUGGUUAUUUGAGAAAAUUGAGGAAACUUUAUGGCAACCAAAGACUGAAAAGGUGAUUGCAGAUAGUUCUAGCUCCGACUCAAAGGAGCYCGAGGAUGACGGAAAAAAUGGUGCUUCACAAGGUACUGAAGGGUUUACGACGCAAUCAAAAUGGCUAUAUUUAUGUUGCGCCUUACUCAUUGAACUUGAUGAAACAGAGCUAGAUUCUACUACGUUUAGAACUCGAUGGUACACGAACGGUCUGACGAAACUGGAUAUGACCAGAAACACCGUGACUUCUACAGAUGAAAGUCUGAAGAAAUCUUGGAAAUUAGUGAGCGAAAGAUUGCUUCCCAGACUUAUUGAAGCACUUGGACAUCCAUACGAGAGUUGUCGAGAUCAUAUUUCGGGAUGCCUUUUUAGAAUUUGUUACUGUCACCGCAAGAUGUCAAUUGGAACAGCAUCUAACGGACCCAGCAGAACCAAUAGUGCUAUUGACUUGUCGAGCCUCGAUAAGAACGACCCCGGAUCGGUCAUUGUUCAGAAGCUUCUAUCUCUACAAAGCACCGCAGAGACAUCUUUUGAAAAUCGAUACAGCUCUCUCAUUACAGCUCGCCGUUUUUUCUCCUAUUGCGUUCAUUAUGGUGAAGCAAAAUACGAAUACUCUGAUUACAUGAUACCUCUACUACCUCUUGCUUUCGAAGCCCUGAAGUCAACUGUAGAAGAAGGGACUGAGGUUUCUGAACCUGAUACAGUGACAAAACGGGCGCUCGAAGCUGAAGUUGUGAAAGGAUAUCGUCGCACGCUUGCCGAAGUCAGUAUCGCAUCAGUGAUUUCAUAUAGUGGUAGGAAGGGAGACACCGAUAUCUCGCGAGUUUUGGAUACAGCCGAAAAUGCAGCGCAACAUGAGACGUGGCAAGUUCGUCACGCUUCUGCCCACUUUUUGAGAUGUUUCCAAGGAAGCCACAAAUUUCUUUUCACGAAGUCACAAGCAGACAGGAUAACAAAAAUUGUUAUUGGAUUACUCGGCGACGAUAGACGUGAAGUAUCUUCAGCGGCGAUGGCUGCCGUAACGGGUAUAAUUGCUGCUAUGCAAUCCGAAACGGUAACUAUUCUCGUAGACAAGUAUAUUUCAGAGGCCAAUCGAUCGAAGCUGAAAAGCAAAAAGUCAUCUAAGAAAGUCGAAGGUGAUCAAGUUGUUAAAAUGYCAGAUGUCGAAGAAGCCAAGGCAAAGGAACAAAAACGAGCAAAGAGACAACAGUCAUCUGUCUUCUUUUUGUGCGCUACUGUAUURUCGCAGCCUUAUGACACGCCUCCCUUUGUUCCCAAGGCACUUGCUGCUAUUUCAAAGCAUUCCUUUAAACGAAAUGCGCCUCUCGGAAUUCGUGAUACCGUAAAGAAAUGCUGCGCCGAGUACAAAAAGACUCACAUGUCGGAUAACUGGGAAGUUCAUCGCAGUGUAUUUACCCAAGAGGAACUCGAAGCCUUAGAAGAUGUCAUCAGCUCGCCUCAUUACUAUGCUUAAACAAAUGUCAAACGAUUGCUACCGGCUAGCAACGAAGAAAAAUAAAUUCACCCAUUAAAC